AGUAACACCGGAAGCACUGUAUCCAUGCUGCAGCAAAGAGCGUUUCUGUUACUGUCACGUUAUUUUUGACUUUCAUAUUAUUUAUCGUCACCUUAAUAAAUUUGUAAAACCAAAUACAUCUAUUAUGGCUGGAAGUCGACUUGAGAAGUUCGGGACUGUUUAUACAAGGGUUCGUGAUUUAUUGCGAGCUGGAGUGCUCAAGCCUGAGGAAAAGCCCAUCUGGUAUGAUGUUUAUGCAGCUUUUCCUCCGAAGAGAGAACCUCUCUAUCAGAAACCCCGCAGACCAAAGGUUCCUGCAGCAGAUCCUGUACCUCAGCUCUUCUAUAAGGAGGAUGAGAUACGAGCGAAGUUCUUUGAGGUGUAUGGCAAUGGACCCAAAGCUUUUGAGCUCCUCAAGCCAAACUUUAUAUCAUCAUGUCAGAAGUUUGUAAUGAAGUACAGUGAAUUAGAAAGCAGAGGGGAUAUCAAACCCGAGCUGCUGUUUGAAGAGACAGCAAAAGCACUGCUCUCCGAGGGCAUUUAUUUAAGAAAGAGAGGAGGACCUGUGCAGGUGGCGCCAGAGUCUCGAGACCCUCUGCUAAGCAUGAAGUUGACUGACAUGUUGGCAGAGCAGCAGAAAGACAAAGACACCGAAACAAAUAUCCCAGAGAAACAGCCAGAGGCAGAGACGCUGAACCCUGACAGUCAGACUUCAUGAAUGCACUUCUCUGUUAGGACUACGUAAACUGCACAUCAGCAUUCUGGUCAGUCAUUUGACAAGAAUGAGACACCGAUUUUGGACACUAUAAACCCAGGAGGGCAACGUGUAUUUUCUCUCUGUUGAAGACACAUUUGCAAAGUCACAAUGGUUUUGGCUUGAGGUCUUUAUUGCCGAGCAGAUACUGGGAUUUUACCUGUGAAAGACUUUAUAAUGCAGAUCCUGCAAGUGUUUCAUUUCUCAGAGCGUCUAAUGUGUGUAAUAAAAUAUGUGGAGUGUUUAAUGAAAGCGCUUUCAAGUCCAUUAACAACAGGAGGGGUAAAGUGUCUACAUUGUUAAUGCUCAAUAAAACUGUAUAUUUUGAAUUUUCA